ACGUCAAUACGUUGGUUACGUCUUUGGUGACGUACCAGGUAGCGACGUUGAAUCGACUCAGUUUUGUGUUUACUGUAUUUACAAAUAAUCCAUAAACUUUCAAGACCGCUGAAUCUGAGCACCUGUCCCGGGGUUACCGGAGCUUCUCCCAUCUGACUUCGGUCGAAAAGCAGACUACACCCUGUACUGGUCGCUGGCCGACCUGUUACUCCAGUACACCGCAAGUUUUCUAACCAAACUGUUUGUGUCAGUACAGACGAACGCAAUGGCCUCUGAUGGAGAACACUGUUGCUCGUGUUGCACCCUUCCUGUCUCUGCCAGUGUUCAUCAGACAAUGAGUGAGAUGGACUUUGAACGAGGUAUCUGGUCUGCCGCCAUGGAUGGAGACUUGAAGCGGGUCCAGUCGAUGAUCCAAAAGGGCACCCAUCCAAACCUCAGGGACUCAGCCGGAUAUACAGCUCUACACUAUGCAAGUCGCAGCGGUCAUCUCACUGUAUGUGAGUUCCUUCUUGAAAACGGUGCUUGUGCAUCUCCUCGGACCCCAGGUGGUGCCACGCCCCUCCAUCGGGCAGCAUUCUGCGGUCAUGUGGAUGUCGUUAGAUUGCUGCUGCUCCAUAAAGCUGAUCCAAUGAGCUCUGAUGAUGACGGUGCGUCUCCUCUACACAAGGCUGCAGAACAAGGUCAUGAAAAGGUGUGUCAGCUACUUCUUGAAGCCUGUCCUGCACUUUGCACCCAGAAGAACAAAAGGCUUCAGCUACCCUACCACAUGGCCCCUCAAGAACAUUUGCAGAAGCUUCUAAAAGGAUUCCUGUAAAAAUACAUGGAUAUUUGAAUACCACCUAUACAACAAAUCUUCAAACUGAGGUCAGCACUCUCGGACAGCCCCAGACCAAGUGAAGAUUCUGUGGCUCGCUCAAAACUGCCAUGACAUGCCUAGGAAGCAGAACACGGACUACCCCAGGAACCAGUCCUUAGUGUUCUUUUCUCUGUUUUUUGGUGUAGGAUCAUUGCAGACUUGCUUUGCGCCAGAAGGGGUCACUACAACUGAAGCUUCAAGUACUGAACCUAUUUUCGAAACAAUUCGUCAAAAUGGUUCAGCGCUUUACAACUUCAUUUGCCCAUCACUCGCAAAAUUUCACUCUGAUGCAAAAAAAUAGUGUUAUUGUGCCAAAUAAAUCUUACCAUAAAAAUGUGAAGGUAUGAAUGAUGUAAAGUACAGUUUGACUAUGUUUGAUAUGAUCCCAUUACACAGUGCAUACGCUAUACUGAAGGAUCUAUUGUUACAUUUAUAAAACGUACAGAACCUCACAUUGAGCAAUUAAAUGCGUUCCUGUGUGUUUACAUUUAUGAGUAUGAUUCCUUUUGGCUGGCAGCAUUAUGCCAGUCAGCAGGGGGAGCUAUCAACUAAAUGGACUGACUUGUGCUUUCAGCCAACCAUGUGAAGUGACCUCAUUCAUCCUUCCUGCUUGUGUUUAGAAAACUCGCCGUCUGUCAGUCUGAAAGACCAUAAAAAGUCAGAGUAGCUGCCACAGUUAAUUUUAACACAUUGCCUUACAUAGGGAAGGUGACUAAACAGCAACAUUUGAAAAAGCCAUAUUGUAGGCUGACACUUAUUUUCCAUUUGACUUUUAACACUUAAUUGGGUCUUUCCAUGGUAGCAAAACUUACAUGCCUUAUUUAUUUUGUCACUUGCCAGCCAUGAUUCUCUAAUUUUAACCUUAUGUUUUUAAAUGGCCUUGCAAACGGGCUGGGCCACAUACCCCGGCUGAAGUCAGCAUUUAACAUGUCACCAUUUUUCUCACUAAAUACAGUAUAUUUCCAAAGGUGCUACUGACAUGAAUUUUUCUCCAGAUGUUGGGAACAACCCAAACAACAUACAAAGAAAGGAGAACAAAUAAGGGUUGGUUCAGUCCUAAAAGGUGACCUACAAAAAGGUUUCAUUGCCGAGGUGUGAGUUAAGACACAUUUCAAGAUGGGUAAGAGCAAAAAGCUGUCUGAAGACCAUCGCAAACCAAUUGUUGCAAGAUAUAACAACACCAUUGAUUACGGGCGCAUAUUUAAGCUUCUAAAUGUUCCAGGGAGAAUAGUUGGGGCCAUAAUACAUAAAUUUACAUAAAUAAAUUUGUCUUGACCAGGUGCUCCUCACAAGAUGUCUAACUGUGGAGUGCAAAGAAUAAUCAGAAGAGUUGUCCAAGAGCCAAGGACUACCGAUAGAGUUUUAAAAAGAAUAAAUAAAGGUUUUCUUAUCUCAUCAUUCUGCCUCUAUGCAGCUCACCAUACAAGACCCCAUUGCUUUGGAAACAAACCCCCAAAAAACAUGUCAAAGCUUGUUUGAAGUUUGCUGAAAAAAAUUGGACAAGACAUUUAAAUACUUGGAGAUUAUAGUCUGGUUUGAUGAGAGAGAAAUGGAACUGUUGGCAUAAUACACCUCGCAUUUGGAGGAGAAAAGGCAGUGCACAUCAUUUGAAAAACACCACACGAACAGUGAAGUUCAGAGGUGAGAACAUGAUGUUGUUGGGAUGCUUUUUAGCAUAUGGUACUGGUAAACUUCACAUUAUUGAAAAACGGAUGGACCUGCAAAUGUACCAAAAAAAUUUUGACACAAAUCUGAUGCCAUCUAUGAGGAUGAUGAAAAUGAAACCAAGGUGGACAUUUCCGCAGGAUAAUGAUCCAAAACAUAAUGGCAUGGAAAUUCCAAAUUGGUUUCAAAGAAAAAAAAAUACUAAAAGAAAGCAGUUAAAAUGGCCCAACCCGACUUUAAUCCAGUCAAAAAUCUAUGGAAAGAAUUUAAACUCAUGGUCCAGAAAUAAAGCCGUGGAACCUUCAGGAUUGGAAGACUGCUUAUUAUUUGGGUUCUUCCCAAUCAUCUGGUGAAAAUUUCACGUCAAUAUAGCACCUCUGGAACUAUAUUUAGUGAGAAAAUGGUGACGCGCUAAAUGCUUACUUCAGCCGCUGUUUGGCAUUAGAAAAAAUUGUUUUGUUCAACCCAGUUGGUGCUUAUUCACAUCCACUGUUUUUCCCCCCUCUUGUCAUUAUGAAAAUAUUAUGUUGAUAACAAAAUAUGAAGUGCGUAUGCUGUAUCAUUUUUUUCAGUCUCUGUGCAUCUGCCAAACAAUAACAUGUUUGUUUUCAUCUGGACAGAAUAAGUAUGCGGGGAGAGGGGAACAAAGAAGAGAAAACUGGCAA